AAUUCACGACAGACUGAAAUUAUUUUACGGGUCAAAUACUUCUAAUUUGGGCGGUCGUCGCUUUACUGUUCAACAUGACUGAUACAAAGCAAGAUAUUGCAGAUCCUGCUGAUGGGAAAAAUGUACAAGAUUUAACACAGUUUGUACAACAACUUUUGGAACAAAUGCAGAACAACUUUCAAGCAAUGUCUGAUCGCAUCAUAGGCAGGAUAGAUGAGAUGGGAAAUCGCAUAGAUGACCUUGAAAAGAGUGUGGCUGACCUGAUGAUGCAAGCUGGAGUGGAUGAUUCUGAGAAGGCAGACAAGUAGAUUCCAAAUGCUUCUAACCGACCCUCCAUGGCAAUAUCAUCACUGGAACUUCUUUUAGUAAUCAUUUGAUGUUUGGUUUUUAAUAAUAUUUGAAUUUGAAGACAUUUUUUUUUCUCGGUCAAGAUGUUGAUGCUUUUGGGGGACUUUCAAAUUUCUAUUUAAAUUUGAUGAUACAACAGUAAUUUCCUUUCUUUUCACAACCUAUUUCCGAUUAUUUAUAUCUUUAUUUCCUUAUUUAUUUAUUUACUCAUUCAAUUGAU